CUGUUAGAAAUAUAGUGUGUAUAUUUGCAAUUUGCUCCUCACUCCAUCCCUGUAGGUGGCAGAAAUGAACCAAUAGAUGCUUUUCCAACUUCCAGAGAAAUCCAGAAGGAGAAGAGACGCUCCCAGGAUCUACAUGAGAAGAUUUGUGUCCAGUGUUUCAGAUCUCAUGGAUAUGAAAAAUAACCGCAUUUAAGCUGAUUAUCCUGAGUUUGAAAUCCUGAGGGAACACAACAUAAUGUCCAAAAGAAACUCCAGUAAUCCCCAAUCGUCUGUUGAUAUCAUUUUAAGAAAGACGCCACAGGACCCCCACACAGGAGAGAAGCCAUUUCACUGCUCGGGCUGUGGAGAGAGUUUUGCUCUACAGAGUGAUUGGAAGCAGCACCAGAAAAUUCACACGAGAGGAAAAUGUAUCGUCUGUUCAGACUGCGGGCGACGCUUUGCUAGCAAGGGCAAUCUGAAAAUACACCAGCGCAUCCACACGGGAGAGAGACCAUACCAGUGUUCCCAAUGUGGAAGGAGUUUUGCAGACAGUACCCGUUUACAAAAACACAAAGUAACCCACACAGCCAAGAAGCAUCACUGUUCAAAGUGUGGGAGGAGUUUUCAUCUAGAACGUUCUCUCAAGCUGCACCAGCGCAUUCACACAGGAGAACAACCGUACCACUGUUCUCAGUGCGGGAAGAGUUUUAAUCAUGACAGGUCCCUCCAGAGACAUCAGAUUGUCCACAGAGGCGACAGGCCGUAUUACUGUUUGCAGUGCGGCAAGACUUUCAACCAUCAGAACAACCUCCAAACACAUCAACGCAUUCACACGGGAGAGAAACCGUACAACUGCUCUGAUUGUGGGAAGAGUUUUAAUCAACACAGCACUCUUAAAGCACACCAGCGCAUUCACACGGGGGAAAAGCCGUACAAGUGCUCGCAGUGUGAGAAGAGCUUCAUUAAAAAAGGUGGCCUCAAGAUACAUCAACUCAGUCACACAGGAGAAAAGCUGUACCAGUGCCCACAGUGUGGGAAGCAUUUCACUUACCCAGGAAGUCUCCGGAAACACCAAGGCAUCCACGAGAGAGAGAAGCUGGAUGAGAAACACACUAUGAUGUCUACAGGAGACUCCAGUGAUCCUCGAUUGAAGGAUGGUAUUAUUUUGAUAAAAACUGGUUUCCAAGCACCACAGCACACCCACACAGAACACCAGAAAAUCCAUACAGUACGAAAACCAGCUGUCUGCCUAGACUGUGGGAAGCGUUUUACACGUAAGUGUAAUCUCAAAAAACACCAGCGCAUCCAUACGGGAGAGAAACCGUACCAGUGUUCGCAAUGUGGUAGGAGUUUUGCUGAAAAGACUCGUUUACAAAAACACCAACGAACCCACGUAGUAGAAAAGUCGUAUCACUGCUCAGAGUGUGGGCGGAGUUUUAAUCUGGAGAGUUCUCUCCAACUGCACCAGCGCAUCCACACCGGAGAGCAACCGUAUCACUGUUCUCAGUGUGGGAAGAGUUUUAACCACGAGAGAUCCCUCAAGAGCCACCAGAGUAUUCACCGAGGAGAGAAGCUCUAUUACUGUUCACAAUGUGGGAAGGGUUUCAACCGAGAGUAUAAUUUCCAGUUACAUAAGCGCAUCCACACCGGAGAGAAACCCUACAGCUGCUCCGAGUGCGGGAAGAGUUUCAAUCAACAAAAUCAUCUGAAAGCUCACCAGCGCAUUCACACGGGGGAAAAACCACAUCAUUGCUUACAGUGCGGGAAGAGUUUCAACCGAGAGUAUAAUUUCCAGUUACACCUGCGCAUCCACACCGGAGAGAAACCCUACAGCUGUUCGGCAUGUGGAAAAAGUUUCAAUCAACAAAAUCAUCUCAAAGCGCACCAAAGCAUUCACACAGGGGAAAAGCCACAUCAGUGCUCGCAGUGUGGGAAGAGCUUCAAUCAGCAACGUGGUCUCAAAGCACAUCAACUCAGUCACAUGGAAGAAAAGCAGUUCAAGUGCUCACACUGUGAACAGAGCUUCACUCAUCAAAGUGCCCUCAACGUACACCAGCGCAAGCACACGGGGGAAAAGCCGUAUCGCUGCUCAAAGUGCGGAAAGAGUUUUGGUUACUCGAGUACUUUUCGAAAACACCAGGCCAUUCAUGAGACAGAGAAGCUGAACGAGUGCUGACACAAUGGGGCGCUCUCCUCCUAUGUUUUUUUUAAUGGUGCCAUGAGGCUUGCGCCUGGACAUCAUAAACUGACUCCAAAUGACACAAUGUCACCGAUUUUGUGCACCAAAAUCACAAAUCAUGGCCCUAGCAAUUCACUAAGCUCACACAGUGUUUAAGAGAGGCCUCCACAAUAGUAUUAUCUGGUUUUAUCACUUCUGGGUAUCUGCAUUGUCCACCAAAGCUAACACAAAGUAAUGUCUUCCUGAAGCCCACAAAAAGUGGUAAGGGGGUGCAGUAGUGCUUUUAAUGUGUCCAACAUCAGUUUAACAUUUGGCUGCAUUCACUGAUCAUCAAUUGCUUUGGUGUCUUCAAGAUUGUUCUAGAAACACAACUUCAGUUUGCUGGGUAAGCCCAAGUGAUAUCAUGCUUAUCUUAUACAGAAAGCAUUCUGUGGUCUUGAUUAUGUGAAUAAAAUAAUAAUAAUUA